AUGUCGUCCUCUUCAUCGAACGUGGUGGGCGUCCACUACCGUGUGGGCAAGAAAAUUGGAGAGGGAUCUUUUGGUGUCAUCUUUGAGGGUACCAACCUCCUCAACAACCAGCAGGUCGCUAUCAAAUUCGAACCCCGCAAGAGCGAUGCUCCCCAGCUUCGUGAUGAGUACCGGACAUACAAGAUCCUGGUUGGAUGUCCCGGUAUUCCUAAUGUUUAUUAUUUUGGACAAGAGGGUUUGCACAAUAUUCUUGUGAUCGACCUUCUUGGCCCUAGUCUGGAAGAUCUCUUCGACCACUGCAACCGUAGAUUCUCUACUAAGACCGUAGUUAUGGUCGCCAAGCAGAUGCUCUCGCGUGUGCAAACAAUCCACGAGAAGAACCUCAUUUACCGGGAUAUCAAGCCUGACAACUUCCUCAUUGGACGCCCGGGUACCAAGGCCGCCAACGUCAUCCAUGUUGUCGACUUCGGUAUGGCCAAGCAAUACCGUGAUCCCAAGACCAAGCAGCACAUCCCCUACCGAGAGCGCAAGUCAUUGUCCGGAACCGCCCGGUACAUGUCCAUCAACACACAUCUCGGUCGUGAACAGUCCCGACGUGAUGACUUGGAGGCCCUUGGACACGUUUUCAUGUACUUCUUGAGAGGAGGUCUUCCCUGGCAGGGAUUGAAGGCUGCUACCAACAAGCAGAAGUACGAGAAGAUUGGAGAGAAGAAGCAAACCACCGCCAUCAAGGAUCUGUGCGAUGGUUACCCCGAAGAAUUCAACAAGUACCUGAGCUACGUGCGCAACCUUGGCUUCGAGGAUACCCCAGACUACGACUACCUCCGCGAUAUCCUGACCCAGGCCCUGAAGAACGGUGGAGAUGUUGAAGAUGGAGAGUACGACUGGAUGAAGCUGAACAAUGGCCGUGGAUGGGACUACAAGUCUUACUCGUCCCAGGCUCAUCUCCAAAACCAGCACCAGAGCUCGUCGGGGCGCGAUCUCCACGCGAGCCAGUUGCGCCACAGUCAACAACGACCGGGAGUGACGGCCGAUCGUUUAAACGCCGCGCAGCCUCCUCCUCCCUCUCCCGCCAAGGGACCUGGCAAGGUACCCCGAGAGCGCCAAAGCGGCGGCGGCAUUCCCCCGAAGCGUGCCAGCGGAGGCAUGGAGACCGGCACUCCGGCAGCGUCGACCACAGCCCAGUUCCAGAACUCCAACGCUCAUCUCCCCCGCCACGGCAGCCCCGGAAACCAAGCACUGAAUAAUCAACAGGUUGGCGGCGUGCAAGGAAAUAACGACCAGCCACCCACUUUCGUACAGAAAGUCAUGAAGGCUCUCUGCUGCGGUAGGUGA